UUUUUUUUUUCCUUUUUUCUAAAUUAGAUUACUUUAACAAAAUGGCUAAAUCAAAAAGAGCAAUGAAUCCCGCUGAUGCGCUGCGUAAAAAACAGCGUAAGCGAGAAUUAAAAAAAAAUAAAGAAGAUCGUAAACGUGCACGUGAACUAGCUUUAUCAAAGAAAGAUUUAGGCAAAGUCAAACAAGAGAUUGCAAGAUUAGAACAUCUAUCUAAACUAGGACAAUUGGAUAGAAAUGGACAAACACGUUUAGAAUCACUAAGAGCAGAUGCAAUUAAAAUCGAAAAAGCCAAAAAGGCUACAGAAUUAACAGGUGCACAAGCAGCCUUUAUGGCCCGUAUGCAAGAACAAGAAAAAAAACAAGAAGGAGAAGCAAGAAAGUUAGUUUAUGAUCCAAAUCGUGGAGCAUUUGUACCUGUCAAAAAGAAAGCUUCAACCAAAAAGACAGAAAAAUCAGAUGUAACAUCAAGUUCUGAAACUGACUCAGAUACAAGUGAUAGCAGUGAUGAGAGCAGUGAUGAGAGCGAUUCAGAUCAAGAACAUGAAGAAGAGGAAAAGGAAGAGAAGGAAGAGGAGGAGGAAGAGGAAGGAGAAGACGUACCUAUGCCAACUCCUGUUGAAGCAAAAAAGGUACUGACAGAAUCAGAUGAUGAAUAUGAAAUACCUCUUCCUCCAGGACCACCCCCUCAUAGACCUUUUGAAGAUCAAUUGACUCCGAUUCAAACAGCUCAACAACAACAACAACGAGCGCCACCCCCGCCUCCACCAGGACCUCCACCAUUUCCUAUGGCAAGAAUUCCACCGCCACCACCGCCACUUAUGUAUUAUCCUUACCCACAACAAAGACCACAACACCCACCACCUCCACCACCUAUUCCAUAUCAUUUUAGACCCACAGUUCCCGCAUGUAAGUUUAAGCAAAGUUACUAAAUUUUAUUUAUUUCUUAUUUUAUUUUUUUUUAGAUCAAAGACCACCACCACCACCACCUGUAACUUAUUCAGCUCCAGUACAUUAUAGUGAAACAAGUCAAGCCAAGUUACCACCAGCACCUGUUAUUUCAGCAGAACCCAAACUACGUGAUCUAAAGAAGCAAGACCUAAUAUUAAUGCUGCACCUUCUGUAGAGGACGAAGAAAUAAAAUAAAGUUGUCUUUCCUUCCCGAAAAAAAUAGAGUUUAGGGGAUGGAAUAUAUAAAAAUAUAAAAGAAAAAAGAAGAGUGAAAUGAUGAGGUGAUUUUUUUAAAAAAAAAAAAAAAAAAAAAAA